CAGGGUGUCACUAGAGGGAUUCCCCACCGCAGUGCUGCUUGUGUGGGCGCUGAAUUUCAGAGAAAUGAGCGCCUGACUGCUGCGCAUCUCCUCUUGAACUUCUCAGAGCACUUCUCAGAGGCUCCUCCUUGUCAAAAAUCAAGAUGUGAUAACAUUUAAGAGUAGGACACUGAGAGAGCUUGAAAACAGAUUUCAGCGGGGGAGCUCAUAUGAUCAAAGAUGAACCUGGAUGAGGACAGCGGCCUGACAGUCAGCUGUGGCAACGGCAAACUGAGACAGUGGCUGAUCGACCAGAUCGACAGCCGGAGAUAUCCCGGCCUGAUUUGGGAAAACGAGGAAAAAACCAUCUUUAGGAUCCCGUGGAAACAUGCAGGGAAACAAGACUACAACAGAGAGGAGGAUGCUGCACUCUUCAAGGCAUGGGCAAUGUUUAAGGGAAAAUAUAAGGAAGGAGUGGACAAGCCAGAUCCCCCCACAUGGAAGACCAGACUACGCUGUGCUCUUAAUAAAAGCAAUGACUUUGAUGAGAUAGUGGCGAGGAGCCAACUGGACAUCUCAGACCCGUAUAAAGUCUACAGAAUCAUUCCAGAGGAAGCCAAAAAAGGGAUGAAGAUGGGCAGUAUGGAGGAGACACCAUCACAUGUGAAUUCCCUCAGCUACAUUCCUCCAUACACGUCUCUGCACAACCAGGUGUCCGGUUACAUGCUCUCUCAGGAGAGGAGGGACUGGAGGGAUUACUCGCCUCCAGAACAACAGCCUCUCCCUCCAUCACAUCACCACGGGCCACAUGCGGAAGUGCAGUAUGGUCAGUGCCACUACCAGUCACCGUUCGGCCGGGCCUGGCCUGGGUCACACACAGAAAACGGUUUUCAGCUCUCCUUCCACACCUACCUUUCAGAGUCCCAACAGCCCAUGUAUACAAUGGACCACAACAAUGCCAUGACUGAUUGCAGCCUGCUUGUGUCCCUAUACUACAGAGAGUCUUUGGUGAAGGAGGUCACCACCACCAGCCCAGAGGGUUGUCGUAUCACCUCUUCUUCCUCCUCCUCGCCAUCCUCUUCCUCCUCUUCUUCCCCAUGCCAAGAGGACAAGUUCCACAGCGGGGCAGAAGUGAUCCUUUUCCCAUUCCCGUACCCCGAGUCUCACAGGCAGGGUGCUGACAUGCUUCCUAACGUACUGGAGAGGGGGGUGCUUCUGUGGAUGGCGCCCGAUGGGUUAUACGCUAAGCGCCUCUGCCAGGGACGAGUGUACUGGGAGGGACCUCUGGCUCCAUAUUUGGAUAAACCCAACAAGCUGGAGAAGGAGCAACCAUGCAAACUGUUUGACACCCAGCAAUUCCUUCUUGAGCUGCAAGACUUUGUCCACAAUGGCCGGCAUUUACCGAGACACCAGGUGGUGCUGUGUUUUGGAGACGAGUACCCCGACCCACAGAGGCCGAGGAAGAUGAUCACAGCACAGGUGGAGCCGGUGUUUGCCAGAAAACUGGUGCACUAUUACCAGCAGAACAAUGGCCACUACCUGCGGGCCUACGACCACAUCCAGGAACAGAACACACCUCCAACAGUCGACUAUCCCUCUCAGAGACCUCUGCAGCAUAUCCAGGAGUGACAUGCACACACAGACACACACACACACACACACGUGCAGGAUGGGAUAAAUGUGAACAUAAAACCACUGCCUGUAUGACUGCAGUGCUGUGUACUGUAAAUGAUAGCAGCAGCUGUCAUGGUUCUGAGGGGUAGAGAUGGGGAAGACCCUGUCGAUUUCACUCGCACACCUUUGUGUCGUAGUCUUUGUGUCAGUGACUGUGGAGGAAUGUGUGUAUGUGUUUGCGUGUUUUUCUUUUUUUUUCUUCUUCACUCUACAAGUAUUAUUGUGACAAUGUGAAGGAAGCGGUUUGAGGGUGGGGGGAUGAGGGGAGUGGAGAGCGACUGAGACAGGAAGUACUAGCACAGGUGCACAGGAAGAAUGGCCCCUAAGACAAACACUGAUAUGUAAAAAGGGACAAAACACACCAUGAAUGAAUAGUUGUUGUAAUUGUAUUUAUUGUAUUGAACCGGGUACUUAACUUUCACUUAGAUGAGCAAGUGACCUGUCAACGGUGUCAUUCGUCACUUAUUACAGAUGUCAAUUCUGUUUUUUUUUUGUUGUUUUUUUAAAAAAAACAAAAACAAAAACAAAAGAAAACGGAGAAACUGAUGUUAUCGCUGGUCUGGUGGUGUUGUAGAGGAAGCUGUUAUCACACAUCUCUUACCUCUGGGCUGCUACACGUAUUGCAGGGCACACUUCUACUAAAUCUGUUUUCUGCUAAAUCUGAUCAGCCUAAAUGCAUCUGAUUCCUUCUAAUUAUAUAGAAUUGAUCAAACCAAAAAUGCGGUUUGCAGGCGGUGAUCGAGAUGAUUGAUUUCGCUUGCAGAGUCGUCGUAUGUACAGUUUUGAGUAUUGAUGGUGAUUUUAGGCCAGUACAGGUUUGUCUUCAUAUGUAUCUAGUGGUUGUUGGCAUUGGAAAUGAAAACCGUGUGUUAGGCUUUAAGUGGAGACAAUUUUUUUUUUUUUUUUAACUUUUUAUUUUCUAAUGUACAGAUGAAAAUGCAAAUCAUAGAAUACAACAGUGGUUUCCAGCCUGGCGCUUGGGACCUCAUGUAAGAAUACCUUUAAAGUCACCAGAUGAUUACAGAGAUAGUACAAAUAUAUAUUUUUAUUUGCUACAUGAAAUUAUCUUUGAUUCUGCUUUUUUUUCUUGCUUUGUCUUAUAAAAUAUUGUACAGGUUUAUGUUUUCAAGUUUCUGAAAAUUAUUUAAAUGAAACAUCACAUUUUGAAAUACGUUUUUUGAUAACUUUGCCAGCUUGCAGCUGGAUUUUUCAAGAUCACGAGAUCACGUUCAAGCUGCAUGUUGUGUUGCCAAACACAUGGGGCAAAGUCCUGCUCCUCCCAUGGGAAAUUAUUUGGGAAACAAUUUGAACAGAGUUAAGGGGGAGCGACAAAUACACUUUUGAUCAUGUUUGAAUUACUUAUCUGACAUUUGUCAAUUUAAAAGAUCAUUUUGCAGGUCGAGAACGUUGCAGUUUGUCUGAGUGAUCGUAAAAUACCUGUUAAAAGGUGAAACUCGCAACAGAUUUUGCAAUAUUGCCAACUGUUAAGGGAACGAAGAGUUGGUCAGUUCUGUGAGCUAGUUUAUAAAUACGGGACUGGCUCUACGUGGUGUCGGUUUGUGGUUUUGUUGAGAGUUAAACAAAAAGAUGUCACAAACGCAACUUGCGUUUUCUAACUUCGUAUUUACGCAGCGUUAUAUUUCAUUAGUUUUAUGACAAACUGUUAAAAAAACAAAACAUUUAAAUGUGAUAUAUAAGUAUGUGAUGGCACAGUUCAAACAGGAUCAAAACAAUGAUUUGUCUCUUGCCCUUCACGACCAUAAAUGGUUUGAGAGAGGAGGCGCAACAUUGCCUUUCUACGAGGAACUACUGGCAGCUAUGACCCUGUUUCGAGUGUAAUGACCAGCGAGUAACGGGGCUGUUUGUUUGAAAAAAAGGAGCAAAGAACGGUGAUGAAGGCUUCUGUCGUUGGAGAAGAUAUGUUUGCUCUUCUUUUGAUCGGUGUCAAUAAGCCUUGACUUGACUUAACUGAAGAGGGCUGACAGGAAAAGUCACACUCAUCCCGUAACUUGCGAGGAAUCAGUACCUGUUCCUCUUGACCUGAAACUAGUGGCCUCACAAAUGAGAAGAAAAACUACCUGCAGGAUUUGGCCUGCGAGGAGAUUUUUGGUUCCCAUGCCAGAGGAGCUACUGAAGGUUCACACACUGGAUGUAACAUCCGCACGAGAACUGUCCUAGAGCUCCUGAGAACCCGCUUAGGAACGUGUAUACAUAAUACAUCCAAAUCUGAUCAGUCAGAAAAAUUCCUUGUGACGGUUAGCUGUUAAUGGCUGCUAAUGAUGCAGUAAGAGGGAUGAAGGUUUUGUUAUGUUUUUCAUCUGUGGUCCAGAGUUUCGAUCUGUGCGUUUACUUCCUUCACACUUAAACCACAUCACUUUCACAAUGGCUUGAAAAGUCUGACCAAAAUCUCAGACGGGAAUGUUUUUCUGUUUCUCUGAGUGCGUGUGUGUGUGUGUGUGUGUGUGUGUGAGAGAGAACCAAAAAUCCUUUUCCCCUCCCUCAAACAUCUCGUCAGUCCCAAUAAUUAUGUGCUUGGCGAAAUUUUGUUUCACAUUAUAUCACAGUCAGACAUCUGACUCAUUCAAAUGUAAAUAAAAAUGCGAAAAAUGUGAAAAUGUGAAAACGUUACCGGCUCCAUGUACAGUGCAUAAGAAGUGUGUGUGUGCGUGUGUGUGUGUGUGUGUGUGUGUGUGUGUGUGUGUGUGUGUGUGUGUGUGUGUGGUGAACGACCAUGUGUGAGCAUGUGUGUGGGUGGGUACAGGCUAUGUGUCACACUGUUGCACUAUUACUGUUAUCAGGAAUUGACAUUUGUGGACUCUGGAUAAAGCAUGUGACUCCCCCACCUACAGCAUCAGUGACUCAAACACAGACACGCACACCCAUUUCACAUCACUCGUUACAGUUACAGUAAAACAUUCAGAAGAAGGUACAGAAGAAAUAUCAAUGUAAGUGAGAAAUACUGAAAAUAAAUGAACUGUACAAUAAAUCUUGAUUAUGACAACGACUGGAGAUCAUAAGGAGGGUGAUUAAUAUAAAAUCGCCUUGUGGAUAAGUGAUUUAUUUUGAAAUAAAGUUAUCAGUCUUC